AUGUUUCGUCACCUGAAGCCAUCUUUAUUUCUACGAAGGGCGGUAGGUAGUGUCACAACAAUAAUCACUACCGCGAACGGCUGCAAAACAGCACUUUGUAUAGAUGGUGUGGCGUCUUCCCAGGGUAUCUCUGGGCUAUUUACUCAGAAGUACGGCUACGCUAGCAAAAGCAAGGACUACUAUGAGACACUUGGAGUAGAUCGUAACGCCGAUGCAAAAACUAUUAAAAAGGCUUAUCGAAAGCGAGCCCUAGAAACCCAUCCUGAUCAGGGAGGUAAUAAAGAAGAAUUUGCUGAGGUUGCUGAAGCUUACGAGGUGCUGAGCAACGCUGAGAGAAAAAAUAUUUAUGACCAAUACGGGUCCGAAGCUGCUAACAAUCCGAACAUGGCUGGUGGCUUUUCUGGUGGCCGCUCGGCUGAAGAUAUAUUUGCUGAGUUCUUCAAGGGAAAUAUGGGUAUGGGUGGCUUUGGUGACAUAUUCAGGGGUAGUGCCGGUGCGAAUCGAGGGCCUCCCACAGUAGAGCCGAUAGAGGUGAGAUUACGCCUUACCCUUGAAGAGAUUUAUACCGGUGUGACCAAAACUAUUCGUGUGACGCGACCUCAGAUUUGUUCUGAGUGUGCUGGCUUUGGAACAAAGAGUAAGACUGAAAAGCCAAAAUGUUCACACUGCAACGGUCAGGGCCACGUAGUUCAUCAACACCGCAUGGGCCCUGGCAUGAUUCAACAAUCCAUCUCGGAAUGUCCGCGGUGCCACGGCACUGGAACCCUUGCGAAGUCCGACGAUCAGUGUCAUAAGUGCCAUGGAAAAGGCUACCGGAAUCUUGCCCAGGAUGUUACCGUUAACGUUCCUGCAGGGAUUCCAUCCAACGUCACUAUGGUUGUUCGCGGUGAGGGUGGCUCAAUCCCGGGUGCCCAGGACGGUGAUCUGCAUCUUCACGUGGAAGUGAGCCCACACCGAGUUUUCCAGCGUCGCGGUGAUGACCUCAUUGUUCGAAAAGAAGUCACACUUGCAGAGGCGCUGCUGGGAAUGCGCAUACCUCUGAAACUCCUGGAUGGUCGCAUGGUCAAUGUUGAGACGCCCUCCGACAGUGUACUAAAACACAACGGGGUAAUCAAGCUCACAGGGGAGGGGUUGCCGAGUAACACCGGCGGUCGCGGUGACAUUUUUGUCUUUAUUCAACUCAAGAUGCCUGAAAAGUUAUCCUCUGAACAAAAAGAACAUAUUAAGAAGGCACUAGGUGCGCCACGUGUAGAUGUCAAUGCAUCCCAAGGGAACACCAUAAAGGCACGGGUACUGCGCGAAUCCCAAGAGCAGCUGGAAGAACAGAAGCGGGGCGUUUGGGAGGCCCGUGAAAGUGGGAGACACGGUGAAGGUGAUGGUCGCCGGCGCAGCAGCGGUUCAAGGGGAGGUCAGCAUGUAGAGCAAUGCACAGCACAGUAG